GCAGCGUGUGCACUACGAGUGUGCCGAGUGGGUGAACAGACGACAGAGCGAGCGAAGUUUGCGUUUACACUGGUGGUGUCUGUCUGUGUCUCUAGGAAGUGCGAAGUGUUAAAGGUCGCACAUCGGUGCGUCCGUCAGACAGAACAACAUGGAAGUUUUACUAGUUUUUGUGACUUUCGUUGGAUGGGUGUGUGCAUUCAAUUUGGAACCAAGGUUACCUAUUUUUAAGCUUGGUGAGAAAGGAACCUACUUUGGAUACUCAGUCUCCGAGCACUCUGUGUUGAGUGGGGGUAAUAACAUCGUCGAAAACAUAUUAUUAAUUGGGGCGCCUCGGACUCAGACGUGGCAGCCUGGCACAAACAAGUCGGGAGCAGUGUACCGAUGUCCCAUCACAUCGCAGUUCAAAGACUGUCACCAAAUAAACAUCGAGACCAGCAGCGCAGCUCCUCCAAAUGACAUUAUGAAAGAUGACCAGUGGCUGGGGGUCACGGUGAAGAGUCAAGGUGCUGGCGGCUAUAUCUUGGCAUGCGCCCACCGCCACGUAAUUAAGGGGGAGAGCUUUCGCUGGGGGAAUGGCAUCUGCUACACGCUGAGGCAGGACCUGGCCGUUGAGCGGGAAUGGGAUCCCUGUCUCAACCGUCCCGUCGACAAGGCCCACGAGCAGUUCGGAUACUGUGCGGCCGGAACAAGUGGCCUAAUCACAGAGGAUGAUACGAUACUAUUGGGAGCUCCUGGACCAUACACCUGGAAAGGCACUGUUUUCUCUAUAGCCGCAAAGCGUAGCCUUCUCAAGUGGGCUUGGUCAUUUGGGCCUCUCCUGGACUCAAACUCACCCGUAGAAAAAUACAGCUACCUCGGCAUGGCUGUUGCUGCAGGAAAAUUUUAUGACAACACGAUGACUUACGUGGCUGGUGCGCCACGAUCCAAUGGGACUGGUAGGGUUGUCUUCUUCAUGAAGGGUCCCGACUCUGUCCUGUACACGCGUGCCACCCUCGAAGGGGAACAGUUUGCCUCCUCUUUUGGGUACUCGCUCACGUCCCUAGACAUCAACAAAGACGGCUACGUUGACCUUGUUGUUGGAGCGCCGUUUUACCAUGGCAAGGGACAAGGUGGAGCUAUCUACAUUUAUAUGAAUGCUGCCCAGGGAAUAACAAAUGACACCAAGCCAAUCAAACUGGUUGGAAAAGAGGAAUCAAGGUACGGAUUUGGGCUCUCCACACUGGGUGACAUCAACAAAGAUGGCUUUCCAGACUUAGCUGUGGGUGCACCAUAUGAAACAGGAGGUGGAGCAGUGUAUAUUUAUUUGGGAUCGAAGGACGGCAUUGUUAAGGAGCCAUCCCAGGUGAUAGUUCCAGCGGAUAUCCCCAAGAAAGUUCAGACCAAUCGUCCAAUAACCACGUUUGGAUAUUCUCUCUCUGGUGGGCUGGACAUGGAUGCUAAUGGUUAUCCUGACUUAUUGGUAGGAAACUACGAGGCUGAUAGUGUGAUUCUGUUGAGGUCUCGCCCCAUCAUAAACAUCACAACGUCUGUGUCCGGUGAGCUAACAAACAUCGACCCCAACCGUCCAGGGUGCAGCAGUGACCCGGGGAGCGAUGACGUCUGUUUUAGCAUCGAGGCAUGUUUCCGCGUCGACACAGGGUCGUUGGUGCAAGGGCGAUCGCCUCGAACCCGGCUGAAAUUGGAGUACAGCAUCGAAUCUGAGCCGGGCAAGAAGUACUCCAGAGUGUGGUUCAAUGCACCAAAGUCAGAAAGCUUUGUGAGGAAGCACAUUGAGGUGGACAUCUACCGUCCACAUCAGCAGUGCACCAGGGAGAUUGUGUAUCUCAGGGACAAAUCAGAUAUCCAGAGUCCCAUUAAGUUCAAGUUGACAUACAAAUUGGAUCAGAAGGAUCCAGUUUUUAAUACGGAAAAAGAAGGUUUGCCAGACAUUAAUAACUUCCCAAUUCUGAAUCAGCAGGAAGCCUCCAAGAUCUUUGAGGCACGGUUCCUCAGAAACUGCAGCAACGAGGACUACUGUUUGAGUGAUCUCCACAUUGAAGCUGACCUUGUCCUACCACGGGAGGAUGGCGUUCCUAUUCUGCAUCUGGGUGAGGAGUACAUCAACAUGUCUGUGAAAGUUCACAACUACAAGGAGCCAGCCUACGAUGCUGUUCUUUACAUUCAACAUCCACCAACAGUCAGCUAUGUGAAGCGCACCAUGAUUACACCUUCGUCCGAAUUGCACUGUCGACCACACAACGCAACACUUCUUUCGUGUGAUCUUGGGAACCCUUUCAAUCAGGGAACUUUAGAAUUCUACAUUAGGUUCAGCACCCUGAAAGAAGCUAUGGAAGAAAAACGUUUGGCGUUUGUCUUAAGAGCAAACACAACGAGCAAUGAGGAAAACGAACAAGAUGACAUUGAAAUUAACGUUCGCGUUGUCAGAGUUGCGCAGCUGGACAUCAGGGGGGCAACAGAACCAGAGCAGGUGUGGUACGGAGGCAAAAUUGUUGGUGCCCAGGCCAUGACUUAUCUCGAUGAAGUGGGCAGCGAAGUUAGACACAAGUAUCAGGUAUUCAAUCAAGGCCCAUACACAGUGCCCCAACUUGAUGUCGUCGUAACGUGGCCCUUUGAAGUGGAGAACAACCAAAGGCACGGAAAAUAUCUCCUUUACAUGACAAAGGAUCCCGUGGUUGGUGGUGACGGAGAAUGUCGUAUGCAACCAGGUCAAGUGAAUCCUCUAGGAUUACAGAAUCGCAAGGUGCAGCCGGCUGCAAUACGUACCAGGUCGCGUCAAAGAAGGGAGGUAGUGAUUUCACCGGAGGAAGUACGUCUGGAAGGAAAAACCAUCAAGCUGGUAACUAUGAAAUGCAACAAGGGCAGCGCGAGGUGCUUCCAGUUUCGGUGCUUAAUCCGCAACCUCAAAAAGUCUUCUACUGCUACGAUCACUAUUACGGCUAAUCUGUGGAAUGCCACUCUCGUGGAGGAUUACCCAGCUGUUGAUCAAGUGAGCAUCUUCUCUUCCGCGGAGAUACAACUCGACCCUGCGCUGGAGGUUCGGCAGAGGACAGAAGACGACUAUGCUGAGGCAGAGACAAAGGCAUACCCCGAUGCCAGUUUAUACCAGGCAGCGGAAGGCGUCGCCCUCUGGAUUAUCAUUCUCUCUGUCUGUGCAGGGAUCCUCCUGCUUCUCAUCGUAAUAUUUAUCCUUUACAAGCUGGGAUUCUUCAAGCGGAAACGUCCCAGGGAAGGAUAUUCGCCCGCACCAACUUCGGACAAGGAACUAAACGGCUCCUAGGAAUCCAAAUUCUGCUGAACUCCCUCAGGAAGGCCACCUGCAGUGAUGAGACGCAUUACGAUUGGCUGACCCCCGACACUGUCGUCUGCCAUCGCAGCAUUGAAAUCGCCCGAUUCGCGUGUUGCUGGGGAGUGCAGAAACAUUCAGGUGACCUUUGUGCCAGUGCCAUGAAACAAAAGUAACCGCCCGUCCAGUUGCGCAUGGUCGACCUCACCAUGCGGUAGCCGAGCUAACCCCGAUGGAUAAGCUUCUUGGUCUGUGCUUCUGCCAAGAUAUUGCGCUAUGGAUUUUUUCGCUUAACUGGUUUUGUGGCUCUCUUCCCCUCCGCUGGACAGCCACGUUUUACAUACUGAGCAGACAGAUCAAUUUAACUUAUCCGACCUUGAGUUCGCUUGAGAAGUGCCAUUGUUAUUUAGUACCACUGCAAGGGUUAGCUAACUAGAGUUGAGUAUGGGCAGCUAGACAUGAAAUUUGUGAGUGUAAUGAAUUUCGUGUAGAUUCAUUGUUUUUUUGGAAGCAAGGUUCACAAAGUUGUGGCUAUAGCUAUCCUAUCAAGAUCAAAGGAACACAUUUAUAGAUCACUCGUCCUGCGCUGAUAGGCUUAAAACAUCCACUCUUUUCUUUUUUUUUUCUGUUUUCAUUCAUUUCUGAGGAUGCAGAAGGUAUUUAUUAUACAUAUAAAUGCUGCUCAGUGCAUGGGCAGGAAUGUGCUUUUUUAUUUUUUAUUUUAAUGUACAUGCAAAGUUUAGUUCAGUUUUGCAAAGUAGCAAAACUACACAUCAUAAAUAUUUACUAUGUGACCAAAUCAUGCAAUGGAGAUGAACUAUAACUAACAUUUAAUGACGCUCCUAGAGUAUACAAAGCGAUACUAAGCCCGUAUAUCCCGUAUUAUGAAUAUGAGAUGCAGUGGGGUGUAUUCACGAAAGUUCGUGUCGCACCCGUAUUUGGUUUCCUUUAUGCUUGGAGCGUGCAAAUCACCACUGCCAGCCCUAUUACUAUGGUUGUUUUAGGUUGAUGUUAUUAUUGCGAUAAAAUGAUAUUUCUUCUUUAUUUUCGCCGUCAAACGGUUGCUACCACUAGGAAGCUUCUCCGAUCCAGACACAAAGUUCUGCAUCUCCAUCAAAGUCGGCAUCACGCGCGACCGGAGCCGUUCCAAGGCACACUUCAGCCUGCGGCAGGAUAAGCGUGAAACAUCCCUUUCGCCCACAGUCAUUCUAGAACUGUCUUAAAGAACUAAUAGAGUUUAAUAAAGAAAGGAAACAUUGGUUCAGCAACAACCGGGGAAAAGUUGCUCUUAUGAGCUCUAAAAUCCUUGUGGCUCUCGCUCUGUUGCCCAACGUAGCUCUCUGUACCUGCCUCACGUCCCCCCCACCCCCUUGGAACGGCUCUGUACUUGACUUUCCGAAUUUAAGUAAUUUAAUGACUGUACCAGCAGUGACGUCAUUUUACAUGGUAGUUACUCCUUAUGUACAGCUGUACAGCGCUAUUUGUGUUAGUGCCAACUGCCAAGCGGGAAAAUUGUGUUCAAGUGUUGCCAGUCAGCGCACGCACUAUUCUGCAGAGUUUAUACUUGUGCGUUUUACUUUGAAUCGACAAUCUCUUUCUUGCGCCUGUCCUUUUUCCUGCAUCAUUCAUCUGUACAUACGUCUGUACAUGCUUACAACGUGAGUGCUUCAAAUAGGAACAGGUUCAUUGGAGCAGAUUUUGCACCGUUCUUCCUUGUGCCACGCAACUAAUGGAGAUCGCUAGAGCUAGAUUUUGUACAAUACUUGUGUGCUUCCAUUUUUGUUUGUGUUGUGCCUGUCGGAGUGGAUGCUGUAAAUAAUGAAUUAUCUUACGUGCUUUAGGGUACUUAGGGUACAAGAUUAUCAUUAUUCAGCCUCGAUCAACGAGCAACAGCCAGAUUGGUGUACGACGGACUACAACAAAGUUCCGAGCCUUAUCGAGCAAGUGUUGCAUUUAGAAUCAGCUUGAUUCAUUUGCUUACCACCUCUAUACUGCCAAGUGAAAAACAUGCAUUUCUUUUUUUUUCAUCUUCUCUAGGAUCGGACUGAUAUUAUGUAAUGCAGACGUUGUAAACUUUUUUUUUAGAAUGGGGUGGAGGAUUAAUGAAAUGUUUCAUUCACACGCUUUCACAGAAGGCGUCCACCCGAGCAGCACAAUAUCUUGGCCCAAUAUCGGCUAGAUAUUGGCAAUAUGUGCCAAUAUCCAGCCAAUAUUGAGCCAACAUGUUGCGCUGCUUGGGCAGCGACCUGUUCCUGAUCAACAGGACUACCCACUCAGUGCCCACAAGCCUAAAAAUAUAAUUACAUAAUAUUUAUAUGCACUGAUUGCGUGUCUGGUAGAAGGCCUAUAUA